UGAGUUACCAGAGUGAGCAGGAGGAGCGCAGGUGCUUCCCCCAUCGGGCAGGAGCUGCUUUGGUGCUCUGUACCUUUAAGGGGCUGACCCUAUCCCACGGUGAGCUGUUAUAAGGGCAGGUAGAGAAGCGGUGCCCCGAGCAGAGAGCUGGCAGCAGAGCGGGGCGCAGCUCCGCUAUAAUGACUGGCCACCGCAUUUGGGGAUAUGGGAAGGAUGACGGACCUUCAGAGUGGCACAGAUCUUAUCCUAUUGCCCAAGGAAACCGCCAGUCACCUAUUGAUAUAGUUUCUGCAAGAGCAGUUUAUGACCCUAAUCUGAAGCCACUCAUUUUCUCCUAUGAAUCGUGUACGUCUCUUAACAUCUCAAACAAUGGCCAUUCAGUUAUGGUUGAGUUUGAAGAUACCGAUGACAAGGCAGCUAUCAGCAGUGGUCCCCUUGAGAAUCCAUUUCGGCUAAAGCAGUUUCACUUUCACUGGGGGACAAAUCCCAGCCAGGGAUCGGAGCACACAAUUGAUGGCAAGCCUUUUCCCUGUGAGCUCCACGUAGUUCACUGGAAUGCCAGAAAAUAUGCAACAUUUGGAGAAGCAGCAGCAGCUCCAGAUGGCUUGGCAGUAGUUGCUGUUUUCUUGGAGAUUGGGCAAGAACAUGCCAGUAUGAACAGACUCACUGAUGCUUUUUACAUGGUAAAAUUUAAAGGAACAAAAGCUCAAUUUAGUAGCUUCAACCCUAAAUGUCUCCUGCCAUUGAAUCUAGAUUAUUGGACAUACCUUGGUUCUUUGACAACACCACCCCUUAAUGAGAGUGUAACAUGGAUAGUGCUGAAAGAAGCAAUCAGCAUUUCUGAGAAACAGCUGGAGAAAUUUCGCAUGCUCCUCUUCACCAGUGAGGAAGACCAGAGGAUCCAAAUGGUCAAUAAUUUUCGCCCCCCUCAGCCUCUUAAGGGGAGAGUAGUUCGAGCUUCCUUCAAGGCCUGAAGAAAACUGAUAAUGGCACUGAGAUAUCCAAGAGCUUCCGCAUCUGAGAUACUAUAAACAGGAACUCUGGUCUUCAGAUUACUUCUGGAAUACACAAGAUAACCAUUUCCAUGAACAUUCAACCUGGAGGGGGAUAAUCUUCUGACUUUCUAUUUUAUUUGAAUUGCUCAUUCUUUUCAGAAAUGGCAUAUUUUUAAUAAAACGAAUAGUUGAGUAAACCACCAUGUCUCCAAGACCUGAAACUCUAAAAAUUAAGGUGAAAUUCAAAUCCCACUUUAUAUAAAAUGGGAAAUUAUGUAGUGAUGUAGUACCAGUGGUCACAACUUCUAAUUGUCUCUUUUAAUACAUGAUGAAAUAGUCAACAAUCUUGGGCAAAUUGCAGUGAAGUUUUCCUUACUGAU